AUGAACAGAUUCAUAAUACCAAAAACCCAGUCAUCUCGACAGACUGAUGUAUCUGGCGAUGAUAUCAUUCAAUCAGAAGAACAAGAGUCAAAUACCUUUCAAAGUGAUCAUCUUGAAACUCAGCAAUCCGUACCUAGCAAGACAUCUUUCAAGAGAUUCAUUAUACAUUCUUCCACCUCGCCUCUCUCCAAGUUUGCCAAGAAGCUCCGUAUUCCACCUCCAAAAGACAUUCCAGCAAUAGGUUUAUCAAAAUAUGGCAUUUCGGCUCAUGAACAAUAUUUAGCAUCUGGUUCUUUGGGCACCUUCUCUGAUCGAUUCAAGCGUCGAUUAUCGGAAAUGUCUGUUCGAGGCAACGCAUUUCAUCAUCAUCAAUGGGUGCUCGACAAGAUCGAGUUAUCAUACCCAAUCGGCAUGGAACAUAUUGUCAUUGCAGUGUGUACUCCAGCGCAGAAUACAUCCGAUGAAUCUGCUCUCCCUGAUUCAUCGUCACGACUGAUUGCAUUUCGUACACUGGAGCCAACCAAGCUUUUAGAAAACUCUCGAGUCUGUGUUUUUGAACCUGUUCUUGAGAAAGAAUUGCAGAUUCUUUCUGGAAUCUCUAAUGUUGAAAACCUAGACAAUACUUGUACAUCUACCUCGAAGGCUUUACUUUGUCGACAUUUUGAUAUUUUGUAG